AUGUUAACCAGAAAACCCUCAGCUAGCGCCGCCGCUGGUGCUGCCUACCCAGCCGGCAGGGCAGGGGAUAGCGGCCGCCCGCUGCAGUCUUCCCCGGGCGCCGGAGCCGGAGUCUCCCGGGCAGGAGCUGGGACCGGCCCACCAUCGCCCCUCGCAUUGCCGCCGCUCAGGGCCAGCAACGCCUCCCACACGGUUGGAGGCAGCAAGCACGCAAUGAAUGAGCUCCUCCACGUUGGUAGCCAUGGACAAAUCCAGGUUCAGCAGCUGUUUGAAGAUAACAGUAACAAGAGGACGGUUCUGACGACGCAGCCAAACGGACUUACAACGCUGGGCAAAUCUGGAUUGCCAGUGGUUCAGGACAGACAGACAGAGAGUGCUCACAGGCGACAGGGGAGCUCCAGCUCUUUAAAAUCUACUGAUGCAACAGCGAAGGUGAAAGCCUCCGUUAUGACACCAGAGCAGGCAAUGAAGCAAUACAUGCAAAAAUUAACAGCUUUUGAGCAUCACGAGAUUUUUAGCUACCCUGAAAUCUACUUUUUGGGUCCAAAUGCCAAGAAACGGCAAGGCGUGAUAGGUGGCUCAAACAACUGUGGGUAUGAUGACGACCAAGGGUCUUACAUACAAGUACCCCACGAUCAUAUCGCUUACAGGUAUGAAGUCCUGAAAGUUAUAGGGAAAGGAAGCUUUGGGCAGGUGGUGAAGGCCUACGACCAUAAGAUGCAUCAGCAUGUGGCGCUGAAGAUGGUGAGAAACGAGAAACGUUUCCACCGCCAAGCUGCGGAAGAAAUAAAGAUCCUGGAGCACCUCCGGAAACAAGAUAAGGAUAACAACAUGAAUGUCAUUCACAUGCUGGAAAACUUCACCUUCCGCAGCCACAUCUGCAUGACGUUUGAGUUGCUGAGCAUGAACUUGUAUGAGCUGAUAAAGAAGAAUAAGUUUCAGGGCUUCAGCCUGCCCUUGGUCCGCAAGUUCGCCCACUCCAUUUUGCAGUGCUUGGAUGCUUUGCACAAAAACAGAAUCAUCCACUGUGACCUUAAACCUGAGAACAUUUUGUUGAAGCAGCAGGGCAGAAGCGGCAUCAAAGUGAUCGAUUUUGGCUCGAGUUGUUACGAGCACCAGCGUGUCUACACUUACAUUCAGUCGCGAUUCUACCGCGCGCCGGAAGUCAUCCUGGGGGCGCGUUACGGGAUGCCCAUAGAUAUGUGGAGCUUGGGCUGCAUUCUAGCAGAGCUUCUCACCGGUUACCCGCUUUUACCUGGAGAAGAUGAAGGAGACCAGCUGGCUUGUAUGAUCGAGCUGCUGGGCAUGCCUUCCCCCAAACUCUUGGAUUCGUCCAAGCGAGCUAAAAACUUUGUGAGCUCUAAGGGUUAUCCCCGCUACUGUAGCAUCACCACCUUGUCCGAUGGCUCCGUCAUACUUAACGGCGGCCGCUCGCGGAGGGGAAAGCUCCGCGGCCCGCCGGAGAGCAGAGAGUGGGGCAAUGCGUUAAAGGGGUGUGAUGAUCCACUGUUCCUUGACUUCUUGAAACAGUGUUUAGAAUGGGAUCCUGCCAUCCGUAUGACGCCCAGCCAAGCUCUGAGGCAUCCCUGGCUGAGGAGACGCUUGCCAAAGCCUCCGACUGGGGAAAAGGCCUCGGUGAAGAGGAUUACAGAGAGCACCGGUGCUAUAACGUCGAUUUCCAAGUUACCUCCCACUUCAAGCUCAGCUUCAAAACUGAGGACUAAUUUGGCACAGAUGACAGAUGCCAAUGGGAAUAUUCAGCAAAGAACAGUGUUGCCAAAACUCGUUAGCUGAGUUUGGAGGAAAAAAAAACAAAACAACAAAACAAA